UAGAUAUUAUUUUUUUUCCCUACUUUUUCAUCAUCUAUUCUGUUUUUUCUAUACCAUUCAUUAUCCUUAAUAUUUCCUCCUUAAACAUUGUCCGAAGAUCUAAUGUAGAGAUCUUUUAAAUAGAGAGUAUUCUUAUUAUAUACUAGGAGUAAAUUAGUCACAUUGGCAGAGUUAUUUGACUAAUGAUGCUGUAUAUGACUCAUUUCAGAAUAUUCAACAAUUUAUACUGAGUAGAAACUUCGUUUGAUACUUCAAUCACAUACUCGUUAGACGAGUAUAAUCAUUUUCACCUUUGAGUCUUUGACUGCAGCUGUCCGAGCUGGAAGAGAUUCUCCGAAGCUAGAGUUUCACGGCGGAUGAUGGCUGAAGGCAAGAGGCUUGUAACCGUUGCAGCGCUGCAAUUCGCCUGCACUGACGACGUCGCCACCAACGUCACCACCGCCGAAAGGUUGCUUAGAGCAGCUCAUGAGAAGGGUGCGAAUAUCAUUCUCAUACAGGAGUUGUUUGAGGGCUAUUACUUUUGUCAAGCCCAAAAGGAAGACUUUUUUCAGCGAGCAAAACCAUACAAGGGCCACCCUACAAUUCUCAGGAUGCAGGAGCUUGCAAAAGAAUUAGGAGUAGUAAUUCCAGUUAGCUUCUUUGAGGAAGCCAAUAAUGCCCAUUACAAUUCAGUAGCUGUUAUUGAUGCUGAUGGCACUGAUCUUGGACUUUACAGAAAGUCCCAUAUUCCAGAUGGUCCUGGUUACCAGGAAAAAUUUUACUUUAAUCCAGGCGACACAGGCUUUAAGGUCUUCGAGACGAAGUUUGCGAAAAUAGGAGUCGCUAUUUGCUGGGAUCAGUGGUUUCCAGAGGCUGCUAGAGCCAUGGCUCUUCAAGGUGCAGAAAUACUGUUUUACCCAACCGCAAUUGGUUCCGAACCUCAAGAUGGUGGACUUGAUUCCCGAGAACAUUGGAAACGAGUGAUGCAAGGUCAUGCUGGAGCAAACUUGGUACCUCUUAUAGCCUCAAACCGCAUAGGGAAGGAAGUAGUUCAGACUGAACAUGGGAAGAGUGAAAUUACAUUUUAUGGAAACUCCUUUAUAGCAGGUCCGACAGGUGAAAUUGUGGAACUGGCAGAUGAUUUGCAGGAAGCGGUUCUUGUAGCAGAGUUUGAUCUUGCAAUGAUCAAAAGCAAAAGACACAGCUGGGGGGUGUUUCGCGAUCGCCGCCCGGAUUUAUAUAAGGUGCUUCUGACAUUAGAUGGCCGCAGUCCAUCUCUAUGAGUCCUCACCUCACUACUUAAAGGUGGCUGCAAGGAAACUUUAAUGUGAGCGUAAAGCUGCAUUCUUUUUAAUCAUAUGAAUAAAUAGAUGCAAAGAUGGUGUGCAACUGCGUAUCUUGCUAGUUCUACUAUGUAUCCGUUGAAGAUAAUGUGAGAUACUUAUUGUGGCCAAUCACGUGAAUAUGUGGUCUCUUAAUGAUGUUCUGGAUUCUUAGUCCCACAAUUGUCUUUGACUUGAUGAUCUUAGUACCCUGGAUAUUGCAUGUUAUAUGUUACUCGGUAUUCUUCUUUUCUUUUACCAGGAUAUAUCCUCCUGCUAUAUUGUGAAUUUCCACGAGCGGGAGAACUGGUUUCCCAUUUCCUUCAAAU